AUGCCUGUGAGAAAUGGUGGUAUGGAAGAUCCAUGUUAUGCAAGGGAACGUUUUCGAAUCACGAAGCCACCUCAUAAGAUUCCCAUCAGUUGCAUGUUUCUCAGUAAUUUCGAAAUUACGAAGGGCAAUAUAACAGUUUGGUCCCGAAAGUGGUCAGAAACAAACUGCGAGAUUGAUUUAGAGAAUGUUGAAUUCAAGGCACUCCCCUCGGGGAUCCACGAAGUAUCAGACGAUGUCAUUAAUUUCGUUCUACCAAAAGAAGUGCCAGGUGAUGAGUAUCAUUAUGGCGUAGCCUAUUACCAGCAAAAUGGCCAAGAAAUGGCGGAAGGAACUGACCACGUCGAUAGAAAUGCGGUGAAGAUGUACGCUUUGGGAGUCAUUGUGGAUCCAAACUAUAGAGUAAGCGGAGUCUCUGACAGUGGCUUCAACGAAUGGAAGCCUAAUCAAUUUACGAGCGCUAAUGAUUAUGUCGACGACCUCCAAGAUUUAUUAACACACUGGCUGGCCAAGAAAGAAUACGAUAACUUCAGCUUAUUCGACGAGUACUUCGACUGCAACGGCUUAACUAAUGAUGCUGGCGGAUUAGCAUCACCGAUGCUGCAAAGAUCAGGUAAACCGGCUCGAGAUAUAUUUUCUCAUGAUUCCAAUGCUAUUUCCAAAGAAGCGAGCCGGCCGCAAAUGCUUGAUUAUCUUCCCUUUUGGAUAAGAAAGCUGGGCCCGCUCGUGUUCCCUCUGUGGAAAUCAUGUUUGCUUGGCGAAAGGAUAUUGAUACUAAAUCCACAGGGCGGCUCAUUUGAACUUUGUAAUGCUUUGAAUUAUUGUCUUUCGAUAAUUUCGCUGAUACCGAAGGCUCUUCAGAUUGAUAGGCACGAGGAAUACGAAUAUUUUGUCAAGCCUCUCUUCACUAUUGGCAUCUCUGACAUUGACAGCAUGGUUUCUGACGUACGCCAGGUACAAAGGAAUGCGAAGGUUCCUGGGUUCAUCGCCUGCACCAGCGACGAAAUCAUUAUAAGCAAGAUUGAGCUGUACGACAAAGUCCUGAAGCUCUCAAAGGAAACAACAAGCCAAGACGGAGAUGAUGCCGCUAUUUACAGUAAUACAGGGUUGCAGAUCAAAGCGACACCUCAUGAUUUUGAAUCCUUACAAUCGCUUUAUGAUAACUUUCUACAUGAAGAGAUGUCUUCAACAGCAAAAGUGCGCUGCAUGUCAAUGAUAGAACCCAAAACAUGGACGCAGUGCCUAAUUGACGGUUUUUAUUGGUGGGCCACAGCCGGUUAUGUGAAGCCCUCCUAUCAGGAGCAUGCUCAUAGCACACCGACAUCAUCAGAAGAUAAUGAGGUUGAAAUGAUAUUGAGCAUUAUUGGCUAUUUUCACGAUCGAACAAGUACCCUGUUCAACAAGCUAAAAGCAAUAAUUCAGGCCAGCGAACAUCAAGGAUCCGACGAAGUAAUCUCGAUACAUCCAAUGACGUUGGGUGAUAUGGACUUGGACUGCUUUAGUAUGCAGGAUAGAGAUUUCAUCAUCGCAUUAUCUUGGAAAUUAUUUCAGAGAGAGGUGCGAAUCACUGGGGACUAUUACGAAGCAAUUUGUUGA